AAAACUCCCUCCAACCCAAGAGCGAGUAGGAAACGAAAUCGAUUUCGGGACAAAGAAUCUGUCCUCUAAAACCGCCUCUUCGCUUUUUCUUUUGAUUUUCCGUUUACAAACAUAAAUAAAAAAAAUUAAUCACAAAAAUUUCGCCCUGAACCAUCUCCACCCUAUAUAGCAAUCACUCCCAUGUCCGAAAUGGCGUAUUUUUGAGUUUUGUUUCCCCCCCAAAGCGCUUCAGCUUUUUGCUCAAAGAUGGUGGAACGUCACACUGCGGAGGCAGUAGGAAUCGCAUUCACUGACCAAUAUUACCAUGUUCUAUAUCACCGGCCUGAAGAUACACAUAAGUUCUACAAGGACUCAAGUGUUGCUGGAUGGGAAGGAAAAGAUGGUGUUGUGCAUUCAGUGACAACAAUGAAAGGAAUAAACGAUAUGAUCAUGUCUUCGGAUUACAAGGAUUCUGACGUGGAAGUGAAGAGUGUGUAUGCUCAAAAGUCUUUACAUGGAAGUAUUCUUCUGGUGGUUGCUGGAAACUUGACCGGAAAUGAUGACGUGACUAGAGCAUUUAGCCAUACUUUCCUUCUUGCAAGACAAGAGAGGGGUUUUUUUGUCUCGAAUGACAUUUUACGGUUUCAUGAUAUGAAUCCAUCAACUCCUGAAGCUGAAAAUGGCUCUGUCCUUCAAGCAUCAGAAUCUCCUUCAUCCACCAAUUCAGAUGUUUCAGAGCUUGUUGAGGCUCCUGAGAAAACGUGCACAAAGGCAGAAGCAAAAGAUGCCACUUCUGAAUCUAAACUGAAUCCAUCAAGUGAGAAGAUAACUAUUGAAUCACUUCCAACACCACCAGUAAUUAAUUCUAAAGAAGCUACCCCUAAGACAACCUAUCUUGAAAAGCUGUCAAAAGAGAGCACAUGUCCUCAUGCUCCUCCCCUCCCAAUUGUAAGAGUUUCACCAAAUGAUGGAAGUUUGAUUGAAACAAAGCCACAAGUCCCUACUGGCAAUGAUUCAAUCAAGAAAAUGAGUUUGCAUUCCAACGGUGUGGGGUACAAAACUGCCUCUCCCCUGAGUGAUGAAACGACGGAAAAUAUCUUUCAACCUACGGGAAUAUAUAUUGGAGGAUUACCACCCCACACAACGAAGAAUGAGCUCGCCGAAGCUGUCAAGAUGUUUGGUAAAGUUAAAAAGAAUGAUGGUGUUCAAGUUAUUGAUAACAAAAAUGAGGAUGGAUUCACUUACGGAUUUGUACAUUUUGAGACCGAAGAUUCUGCACACAGAGCGGUCGAGGCUCACAAUAUUACCAUCCGUGGGAAAGAAGCAUACAUAACAUACAAGAAAUCAAACAUCAGAGCUUGGGCUCCUGCUUCUGGUAGCAACAAUGGCGUUGGAAGGGCUCCAGGGGGGAAAGGCGGGCCCUACCAUAAUAACACUUCAUCUGGUAGAGGAGGAUCUUACAAUGGAUAUUGUGAUGGAGAGGACGAUGGUGGGUAUUAUGAUUAUCAGAGCCACCGGAAAAGAAGCUCAGAUGGGAGAGACAGAGACGGUUACCAGUGGAAUGGUGGUGGAAGGAGGGGUAACAGGGGAGGCAAUGGCCAUGGCAGCCAGUACUAGAUGUUACUUUCAUGAAAUUGUGAGUUUUGGAUAUAAAAAUUUGUAGUCCAUUCAUGGAGCAGGAGAAGUAGUUAGCCCUAUCCAUGACCCAAAGAAAGAGUUUUUUUUUUAAAUCUAACCAGACAGUGAUUGGGGUAUUGUGGAUCUUAAAAUUGGAAUGAGAGUUUCUUUGCCUAUAUUUUUUUGCAUUCUAGAAUGUCUUUUUCCUUUUUUUUCUUUCUUGCUGUUGUUGAGUAGACUGUAGAUGUUGAUGAUUUUUAUUUUGUGCUACUCUUUACAAGGCAAAUUUUGCUUAGAAGUUAGAAAUGAGCAAAUCUAUAAGGAUGUACUAUGUACUUUGUAAUAGUUUGUAUCAG